CUGGGUGCUAGAGCCACAAUUAUGACCAUGUUUGGUAACGGAAAUUAAUUAUUACUGCAUUACACAUUCGAUUAAUAAGAAGACAUUUCAACACAGUCGUUUGCGGCUUGUUUUCACUUUUAUUUUACUUUGCAGUAGGCCUACAAGUCAUGUAUUUUUGUUCCGAGUCAAAUUAACGUUAAGCGUCUGAGUGAUAAUGACUUCAAGCGUCCAAUAUUUUUAACAACAACAACAACGACAGUACACAUUGUUGUUAAUUGCACGCACAUUUUUACCUAAAUAGAGUGUAACAAUGUCGAAACGAAAAGAUGAAAGGACCGAAAAUAAGAAAAGAAAAGCCAUGGCAUUUUUAGCCCUUGUAAAGUCAACUGAAGAUAACGAUACGAGUCCUGCUAAAAAGUCUAAAGUUGAAAGCCACACAGGAACUACUGGCAGCUGUAAUAAUGGACCAAUUCCACAGAAGGAAAAGUCAAUGUCAGAUGAAAUGUAUGACGAAUUCAAGAAAAAAAGAAAAGAGAACAAAGAAUUAAUAAUGCAACGACCUAAGGUGUUCUUGACACUGGAUGAACUGACGAGAGACAAUCCACACCAUGUUGAUGAUAACGGUGUGAAGAUCAGACCACCCCUGUUUAUGUCAGACGUUCAACAUCUACUCAUGUUUGCAGUGUUGCAGGAAUAUUCCAGUUUUAAGCCAAGAUGGUGUAGAUUGCUAAGAGUUGGUAAGAUCACGAAGGUUGUGGCGGUGGUGUUAGACUCCCUGAGCGCACAAGAGUAUGAAAGGUUCCCUGGAUCAUUACCCACAUUACAUCAGGCUUUUGACAUACAAGCAGACAUUAUUGCGCCAGUGCAGUAUGCCAGCUCUGUGCGAGAAGACAUCAUGAAUGUUCCCAUUAGACUGACAAGUCAGGCCGAUGUCGUGCAGCUAGUCAAACAGAAGCAAAAGGAUGGGAUUAAAAUUUCUCCACAAUUCUUCAAAAAUACUGUUGCAAAAACACAGUUGUGGCAAUCAUAUAAGAAUCUCAAAGCACUCAUGUCCAACCCUCUGCAAUCUCUGGAGUUGGACAGUAGUGCUAAACCUGACAGCGAGAUAGUGGCUGAGGCUCAAAAUGGCCUACAAAACAUUGGAGAAGACAGUCCUGUGUCAACAUUCGAGCAAGACAAGUUCGACAGACGAUGGCUGAUGCUGAAUAGUGCUCAGAUGGCUGUAGAACACAUACCCAUGCCUGGUGGGGAAAGUAAUCGAUCUUUCUAUGGAUUCAAAUACACAAAAAAGUCAUACUCCAAGAUUACCAGAAAAAGUCCCCUGUUCGCAAUUGAUUGUGAAAUGAUUCAGACUAAAGCUUCUAAAAUGGAUUUGGCGCGAGUGUCGAUUGUGGAUGAAAACCUGCAGGUGGUUUACGACAGUUUUGUGAAACCUCGAGCCCCAGUGAUUGACUAUGUCACACAAUUCAGUGGUAUAACAGAGGAGAUUCUGGCCCCAGUGACCACAAGAGUUGAAGACGUGCAGAAGGUCAUGAUGACAUGCUUGCCCCCAGACGCCAUUCUCUGUGGACAGUCAAUAUCUAGUGACCUCAACAGCAUGAAGUUGUUCCAUCCGUACAUCAUUGACACCAGUGUGAUCUACAACCUCACAGGGACAAGACAAAAAACAGGCCUGAAAAAAUUGACGUCCAUCUUUCUAGGCCGUGACAUCCAGUCCAAUUCUGGGGGCCAUUGUUCUGUGGAAGAUGCCAUGGCAACUAUGGAGUUGGUCCUCCUAAAAUUAAGAAAUGAAAUGAACUUUGGAGACAUCAAGAUAAAGAAUGUAAAGACUACAGACUAUCCAGAGACUGGACUUGAACACAGUGGCAGAGAUGAAGAUGAGGGCUUGGAUGAUUCUCAGCUGGAUAAUUCCUGUAUGACCGUCACAAGGUCACUGGAGUUGAAUGGAGUGAGUGACAAAAUGAAAAGGAAGAGGCUUUUCUUCCAGCAGGAGGGCUGCAAGUUUAUAGAGAAUUUCCUCCAUCGUAUGGAAAAGCAUAGUAAAAAAGGUAAGAUCAUAGAUGAGCCUGCGAGUGUAGCCGACUACCCAGUCACUGUGCCAGUGGUGAGUUGCAGCAGUGACAAGGAGAGCUCCAAACAGACCUUGGCUCAGCUGGCAGAGAACACAUUCUGUUUCACCCACCUCUAUGGUUAUAGAAACUUCCUCCGCACCUGCGGCCAUGGAACUGAUCAAGACAAACCGGAAACAGCCGAAGAACUGAAGAAGUGCCUCUGGAAGUUGGAUCGCAGGUUUUGGAAGAUUCUAAUGGGGCUGCCAGAGAGGUCACUGUUUGUUGUUAUACUGCCUGGGAGAGAAGAAAAUGGCGUUGUGUAUUCUGCAAAAACAUUUGCCAAAAUCACCUGAUGCAUGGAUUGUGUCUUUUUUCAUAUGUGUGCAUCGGAACAAUAUUUUGUUAUGGGAUUUCAUUGUUUUGAAUAAAAAUGUGUAAGUCACAA